AUGUUAUUUUCGAUCUUAUUACUCUCCACAUUCCCAUUAUCAUUGACAUUGGCCAACCCCCUUGCUCAACCUAUUCCUAUCCCAGCUGCUGAACCAGUAGCUCUUUCGUCCACUUCCAAAAGAGGAAUAACAGCUUCACUUUCUCAUGGUCCAGGAACAGCACGUCGGUCUAAAGGAUAUCAUCAAGCUAAAAGAAAUGUCAUUCCAUCACGGCUUCGACAUCGUCAAAAGCGUCAUUCUGGCUCUGGAACAGGACGAUUGGAGAUUAGAGACGAUGAAGAUGGUUUACCUUCAAGUUGGUUGUUAUGGGCUGGCGCAAGAGUAGAUUCAAAGUAUAAUUCUGGAGGUGGUGGUUUCGCUGCUGCUUACGCUACAGAACUCACAAAAAGGGCUGAUAACGGUGAUGUCCAAUUGACGAAUCAUAAUCUUGAUACCUCUUAUUCCGCUUCUUUAAGCGUUGGUACACCUUCACAAGCUUUGGAUAUAGUAUUAGAUACUGGAUCUUCGGAUUUAUGGGUAGCCGAUGGAGAUUGUACCACUGGUGCUUGUUCAAGUAUGACAACAUUUGAUAUCGGUUCAAGCACUUCGAACGUCAACCUGUCUUCAUCUUUUUCUAUUGAAUAUGGUUCCGGUACAGCUGAGGGGUCUUUGGUACAAGAUUUAGUCACUCUCGGAGGUUACUCAGUAGCUUCUCAAACUUUCGCUUCCUGUAGUGAAGUCAGUUCUGGACUCUUGAGUAGUGGUGUUAGCGGUAUUAUGGGUCUGAGUUGGACAGCUUUGGCUUACUCCAAGGCUACCCCAUGGUGGAUCACACUUGCCAAAUCCUCCAGUUGGUCUGACCCUCUCUUCGCUUUUCACUUGGCCAGAUAUAGAAAUGUCGCCGGUGCUAGCUCCGUUGAGUCGGAAGGUGGUGUAGCUACUUUUGGGUUUCUAGAUACUUCCCUUUAUUCCGGAGAUGUCACUUACGUGUCAGUUUCCAGUAAUCCCCAAUAUUGGCAGAUCCCAAUGGGUAGCAUGACGAUGCAGGGCAAGACUGUUUCCCUCGGGUCUUCCAAUAUGGCCGCUAUUGAUACUGGUACUACAUUGAUUGGUGGUCCAGAAUCAAUAAUCACCGCUAUUUACGCCAAUAUUCCAGGAUCUGAACGAAUGACAGGAUCCUACGCACCUUAUUUCGCUUAUCCAUGUUCUACCAACGUCGAUUUCGAAAUUACCUUUGGAGGAUUUACAAUCAAGAUCACAGACCAAGAUUUCAAUCUUGGAAGAUAUACAUCUGAUACUACUAUGUGCACUGGCGCUGCAUAUGUUCAAUCAUUAGCAUCUUCAUCACCUGUUCAAUGGAUCGUAGGAGAUGCGGCGCUCAAAAACACCUACACUGUAUUUAGGUAUUCUCCUGCAGCUGUUGGAUUCGCCAAUCUAGCUGGAGCUGUCACAUCUUCUGAAGCUGCAGCUUCGACUACUAUACCAGACGCUUCUGCAAUUGCAGCUUCGACCCUCCCAGUAUCAGCUUCAUCAGGAUCAUCUGGACCUUCUUCUUCUUCCUCUUCUUCAAUAUCAAGCUCGGCUUCAGUUUCUACUACAACCAGUGCGUCUCCAUCUCAAACUGCUUCAGAAGAUUCCGCACAUGUCGUCACUGCCACCGAUGCACCUUCUUCAGGCGCCAGUGCAACUUCGACGAGUAAUACAUCAAGUGCUGCUACCGGAUCAUCUUCCAGUGGAUCAGCUGUGAUCACUGGACCUUCCGUAUCAGUACUGCUGUUGGGAUUAGUAGGGACGAUUAUUUCUUUCUUUUAG